AUGGCGGCGGCGGCACAUCUGGCAGAGAGGCCGGCCGUUGCAGAGGGUGCGCAUGGGAGAUGCUGGACGGGGUUUCAGGCGGCGGCGCGGUUGGAUCUUGAGAAGACCGCCGGCGGCGUGUGCCUGAGGAGACACGGGGCCGUUGUGGUACUGAACCGGCAAGUUGUGAAAUCUGAUUCAGCAACUAUUAAGAUUCCAGAACUAGACUUUGAGAUUCCUCCAGAAGCUCAACGGGGAACACUUUCAACAGUGGAAGGGAGCAUUAUGCGAGCUGUUAGUGAGUUGCAAGCACUUCAGGAUGAAAGAAAGAAAGUGGAUCCUCAAAAGGCUGAAGCUAUUGAACAGUUCUUAGUAAAACUGAGAUCUCUUGGAUCAGGGGAAGCUGCUUUUACCUUUAUUCUUGAUGAUGCUUCUGGUAACAGCUUCAUUGAGAACCCGAAUGCACCUUCACCAGAUCCUUUGUUAUCUUUGAGAUUCUAUGAGAGGACAUAUGAACAACAAGCAGCACUCGGUUUUCUUGCUGAACCAACCAAAGAAUCUGGAGACUCUUCUCAGGAUGCUUCAACAGUAGAAGGAAACUCUGGUAGGCCGCAAAGGAUUCCGCAUGGUUCAGUUGGAGCUGUUGCAGGUCCCCGUGCUAUAGCUCAGGGAAACUCUGAUGAAAUUACUGCAGCGCUUUGUAGAUAUUCAGCACCAGAAGAGGUUGAUACUUUACCAUCAACAUGUGCGGCAUGUGCUACUGAGUGUGUCACACGAUUCUUUUCUACAAAAAUCCCACAUUUCCGAGAGGUGAUUGUUAUGGCUACAUCAUGUGAUGCGUGCGGCUAUCGCAACUCAGAGUUGAAGCCUGGUGGUGAAAUCCCAGCUAAAGGAAAGAAAACAACACUGACUGUGCGAAAUGUAAAAGAUCUUAGUCGUGAUGUCAUAAAGUCAGAUUCAGCAGCAGUUAGUGUACCUGAACUUGAGUUGGAGCUGUCAAGCGGAACACUGGGUGGCAUUGUGACAACAGUUGAAGGUUUAAUUGUGAAAAUAUGCGAGGCACUGGAGCGAGUUCAUGGAUUCCAGUUGGGUGACAGCACAUAUGAAUGGAAGAAGAAGAAAUGGGAUGGUUUCACAGAGAGAUUAGCAAAGCUUCUAAAUCUAGAAGAGCCAUGGACUUUAAUUCUUGAUGAUGCAUUGGCGGCUUCGUUUAUUGCUCCAGCGACAAAUUCGCUAGAAGAUGACAAACAGCUAACAAUUGAGGAGUAUGAAAGGAGCUGGGAGCAAAAUGAGGAGCUGGGCUUGAAUGACAUGGACACGUCCUCUGCGGACAUGGCUUACAACACCACAAGCGCGUCAUAAUCAAUUUUGGUUUGGUCUUCUUGUUGUGCACAAUGUUGUACUAACCUGUAAUUUGAAAUUUGGUACUUCGUGGUGUAUUCAUUUUUUGUUUCCUGGACGAACAAGCAAUAGGUGGUAUGAAAAUGGUUCCAACUAUAUACUUUAUUUGUUCACGUUGGCAAGACAUUGGUUCAAUUGUGCAACACUUCUCUUCUUGAUGGCUGCAGAAGAACUUUUUUUAAUAUAAAAAAUGCUGCAUUGAAAAUA